CAUCUGAGAUUGACCUAUGGCAGGAACAUUUUCAGAUGAUCACCCUGACUGAGAUCAUGCGUCAGAAAGAUGAUGUUGCCUUUGCAGAAAUGCUGAACAGAAUUCGAGUGAAGGAGAAAGAUGAGGAACUGUCUGAGUCUGACAGAGAAUUGCUGACACAAGCCAUCACUAAACCAGAACUUUGUUCCACCGAUGUUCUGCACAUUUUCCCCACAAAUAAGUUGGUUGAAGAUCACAACUCAGCAACGCUGUCUCGGUUAUUUUCUGACAUCAUCACUAUUGAUGCAGACGACUUCCAGAAAGAUUCUCGAUCAGAAAGAAUGACACGGCAAGACAAACCCAGCAAAGGAGGACGCAAUGAUUUACCUGACACCCUGAAACUUGCGGAAGGAGCUCGUGUCAUGCUCACCAGAAACAUCGACAUACAGAAAGGAUUGGUGAAUGGUGCCUUUGGUACUCUGAUGAAGGUGAUUACUUCUGAGACGGAUCAACGCAUCACAAAGCUUGGGCUGAGAAUGGACAGUCAAACAGCUGGAAGACGUAGUGGACCUGCAGGAUCUGACGAUCUGGUUUACGUGGAGAGAGCAGAGGAUACUGUGAAACAGAAAGGAGUGCAGGGUGACUUCUCUCAGCGGACUCUAUCUGUUGGACUUGGAUGAGAAGAAAAUCUACGCCAACCCUGAAGUUACUGCAGCCAUCCAGACCAUGAGACAAGCCAGUGUGGAUGACAUGAUGCCUCUUCUUCCUCUGAGAGAAACAGUUAACAGGCCUGACACUCUGACCGUCGUCCAUCACAACACAGAGGGACUGCCAUCUCACAUCGAUGACAUCAAGAGACAUCAUGAACUGUGUCUGGCCGAUGUACUGUGUCUAACCGAAUCUCACCUGCAGGGCUCCUUUGUUGCAGACAGUCUUCAGCUGGAUGGAUUCACCUUGUACAAGCGUAACAGACACGUGUCGUA